AUGAGUUCUUUUAGAGGCUAUACUGUAGCCAAGAGGGCAGUUCUUGUGGCAAAUAAAUCUGUAACAGUAUCUAUGGAAUCCCUUCAAGGUUUAACGUAUAAACAACAACUACUUUCCUUAUAUAAGCGAUUUUAUCGUCUUCGAGUAUAUCAAACAGAUGCACACGAUUUAAAGAAUUAUAGUCAAUUGCUUCGUCGAAAAUUCACCACAGAGAAGUUUUCGUUAAAGCGACAAAUCUUCCUACCAACCGAUGAGUCAAUAAGUCCCGAACAAUUGGUUCGUAGAGCAGUUAAUACUCUUGAAUUUGUACAAAACUCAGUUGUAUUCAAUGACACUCCAGAAAACCAGAAUUUCAUUAAAGGAACGAGCAGCAAACCCUAUGAACCUCGGGUGGAAUCGAAAGUUCUUUCCACCAUACUUUCAAUGGAAGGAAGAACAGAUACAACCAUCAAAUGCGAUCCAAAUUAUAGAUGGAUGUCAGAAUUGGAGGAUAAGAUUCUUUCUAAAAUAAGCUCCACUGAAGAGAACGAAUUGGAGUACAAGAAAACAUUCCGCAAACAUGAACUGACCAUGUCCUAUUUAGGAUAUCGUGAUUACAAUCAAAAUUUAAUAAGAUUCAACGAAUGUUUUCAAUUGUGUUUAUGA